AUGAUUGAGUCCAGCACUCCGACCAUGAUGGACCAAACCCAACCGGCGCACUGCACCGUGUGCUGCUGUACGCUGGCCAACAAAGUCCUCAUGGUGCUCUUCAUGGUGCUGCUGAUCCUCGCCAUCUUGUUUGGGAACUUGGUGACUCUGGCUGUGGUUCUCGGGACCAAACACUUCCACACGCCGCAGGGGUACCUGAAGGCGUCGCUCGCCGUGGCCGAUCUGGCGGUUGGGAUAUUCGUGGUGCCGCUCUCCGUCUACGCCGAAGUCUACCUCAUGGUGACCGACUCGGCGCCGGAGUGGACUUCGUACAACUCGCAGUCGGUGAGUUUCCACCCGUGCAACCUCAUCGGCCCCAUCUUCGCUGGAUGCACCUUGGUCUCCAUCACCACCAUCUUCCUGCUGACGAUCGAGAGGAGCAUCGCCGUGUUGAGGCCGCUGCACAAGGACUCUGUGAUCACACGGAAGAGGACCACGAUCCUCAUCGUCCUCUCGUGGGUGGGGAGCUUCUUCUUGGCGGUGUCGCCGAUGGUUUUCAGCAGCGAGAUUGCUCUGGAGUACAACUCCUGCAGCCGGAUGUGUAAUUACGCGCUGGGCACCAUCGGCAAGUUCCCCAGCCAGGCCUGGAACAUCCUCCUCCUGUUCCCGGCGUUUGACUUCACCCUCCUCGGUGGAACGGUGGUCAUUAACAUCAUCUCUCUGUCCAGCAUCAGGCAGCACUCGAGGCGAAGGAAACAUCUGGCAGAGAGCGAGUGCCAGAGCAGCACCAAACCGACUUUCUCUGACAUCAAAGCAGCCAAAACGAUAGGGACGCUGACUGUGGCGUUCACCGCCUCAUUCACCCCCAUCGCCGUCUUUGUGGUCGGGAACGUUUUGGGGAAUAAAUGGUGCAACUUUUCCUUUUUCGCCUUCUGGAUUUUAGCCACUAACAGUUGCUGGAAUGUCAUCAUUUACAGCGUGAGGGAUCAGAAGUUCAGACUCUGCGCUCAUAAGCUCCUCAUGCCUUUCAAGAGAAAAACACCAACCAAAGGCUGA